AUGUAACAGUCCGUGUCGCCCAGAACGCACAGCCAAACACUUCACAAGCCUUCAGUCAAUGUGACGAAAAACACAGAGAAGAAAUCUGAGGACUAAAAGACUUCUUCAUAUUGGAUGAACUGUUUCGUGAACCACAAUACACACUAAGAGAGGCAGUAUGGGCUGUAUGAAGUCCACGCUGAGCGAAAGUCCAAACGGAGGUGUACAGAGGAAGAUCGCCGAGCAGCCUGUACGUACCGACAACACGCACUAUGUCAGAGACCCCACCUCCAAAACAAAAAACAACAUAGACUCCCUGUUACCUGGUCAGGUGUUCCAAAAGAUGGAAGAGAACAAAGGGGUUGGUAAACUUGUGAUCGGCCUUUUCCCGUAUGAAGCUGUGCAUCCCGACGAUUUAGGAUUCAAGAAAGGAGAAAAUAUGAAAAUCUUGGAGGAACACGGGGAGUGGUGGAAAGCAGUGUCAUUGGUCACCAACAAAGAAGGAUUCAUCCCGUGCAAUUAUGUUGCCCAAGCUGACACCAUCGAAACAGAAGACUGGUUUUUCAAGGACAUCACAAGAAAGGAUGCAGAGAGGCAGCUGUUGGCACCUGCAAACAAACCAGGCUCUUAUCUCAUCAGGGAAAGUGAAACACAAAAAGGAAGUUAUUCAUUGUCCAUCAGAGACUUUGAUGCCAACAGGACAGAAUUAGUCAAACAUUAUAAGAUUAGGAUGCUGGAUAACGGCGGCUUCUACAUCUCUCCUAAAAUCUCCUUCAGUGACAUCGGUGCACUGAUCAAACACUACCGUAACAAACCGGAUGGCCUGUGUCGUAAACUGGACCGUGCAUGUGUGAAACCCAAAGCUCAGAAACCGUGGGAUAAAGAUGCCUGGGAGAUUUCUAAAGACUCUAUUAGGAUGGUAAAGAAACUAGGAGCGGGGCAGUUUGGAGAUGUCUGGUUGGCUUACUACAACAACUUAACAACAGUGGCGGUGAAGACGCUGAAGCCAGGCACCAUGACAGUGGAAGCCUUCUUGGAUGAAGCCAACGUCAUGAAGACGCUGCAGCACGACAGGCUGGUGCGGCUUUACGCUGUCGUCACUAAGAUACAACCCAUCUAUAUCAUCACAGAAUACAUGUCAAAUGGGAGCCUACUAGACUUCUUAAAGAGUGACGAAGGAUGCAAACUGCAGUUGCCCAAGCUCAUUGAUUUCUCAGCGCAGAUUUCAGAGGGCAUGGCGUAUAUAGAGGAUAAGAAAUAUAUCCACAGAGACCUGAGAGCAGCCAAUGUCCUGGUGUCAGAGAGUCUGCUCUGCAAAAUCGCUGACUUUGGACUGGCAAGAGUUAUAGAGGACGACGAAUACUCUGCCAGAGAGGGAGCCAAAUUCCCCAUCAAGUGGACGGCUCCAGAGGCCAUCAACUACGGAUCCUUCACCAUCAAGUCAGACAUCUGGUCCUUCGGAGUUCUGCUCUAUGAGAUUAUAACAUACGGGAAAUGCCCCUACCCAGGUAUGACCAAAGGAGAGGUGAUUUCCUCGGUGCAGCGCGGCUACAGGAUGCCUCAGCCUGACAGCUGUCCUGACGAGCUCUACGCCAUCAUGACGUCCUGCUGGAAGCACAAACCUGAAGACAGGCCCACCUUCGAGUACCUGCAGAGUGUCCUGGACGACUUCUACACCGCCACAGAGGGACAAUACCAGCAACAACCAUAGAGAGGGACACUUUCAGCCAGAAAUUAUAUUUGGAGCUGCUUUGGAUGUGUUGUUAUAGUUGUAAUAUUUUGUAUAUACCAGACUAAUGUCUAAAGCCCUAACAAUCUUGAAAUGUGCUCCUAUACAUGUUUACAAUGUGUUUCUUAUAUAUUUGCUGUUAAGAACAUUUCCCUGGAUUUACCGUACUGUACUAUUCAAAGUGUAUGUGCUAUUCCAGUACCUGACCAUCUCAAAUUCAAUGUAUGUUUGAAAGGGACAGAACAAAUAGGUGACAUUAUACAUAAGAGUUUGCAAUGCUAGGACACAAUGUCUUUAUUCCUGUCCAAAAAGCUGCCUAAAAGAGACUGGAUGUGUAUAUAAUGUGGCAACAAUUGAAAAAGGGCCAUGCUGUAUUUACGAUUAGCUGUUUGACUUCACACAAUCAUUUCUCCUUUUAUAUAGUGUAAAUGACUGAAUUUCACAUUUCAUGACUUAUUAUUUCGUAAGCUGCUCUAACAAUGUUCUUCAAUCUCUAACAAAAUAUUCUUUAAUCAUUUUCUGUUUGUUAACUGUUUCUUGAAUAUCCUGAUCAUCUCUGAACCCCACUUCAUAUUGAAGUUAUUUAGCAUUUGUUUAAUUGUUUAAUUGGUGUGAAUAUGUUAUCUGUAUUAUUUCAACUGUACAUAUAUAGUGGGCUAUUAUAUAAUUAAAUGUCUGGCUUUGACAUAU